AUGGCCCCCGCAGCGGCCGUGGGGGUCGCGCUGCUUCCGCUGGCCUCGCGGCGCUGGGUCCGCCACGCGAUUUCUCUCGCGCUCCUCUUGCUGCUGCUUCUUUAUCUCUGCGCUUGGAGCUUUCGCGCCCUCUCAGGCUGCAGAUCGGGGACACAGUCGUGCAUUCCCGAGGGAACAUCGCCUGUCCAGGUCCCGCGGCAGUCAGGUCCCCUGGAGGCCCCCGAGUGGGAAGAGCCUCAAUGUGUGGGCCCCCAGGGGGUGGUGGGCCGCGUGAUGUGGCCGUUCCGCGCCAGUCUGAACCCCGAAGGGGAUGUGGCGUUGUCGCAGUACCUAGCCGGAUGGAGGGCGCUGGUCAGGUUCCUAACUCCCCUCGGCUCCACCUUCGCCUUCGCCACGAGCGAGGCCUUCGCCAAAGUGACAACCCUCGAGGCUCGGGUGCACGGCCCCGAGGCGGCGCACUACUCCUCGCUGGUGGCCAUGGUGGCGUGGGAGCGGCGGGAGGGACUGCUGGAGCGCCCCGGGAUCGCCCCCCGAGACACCACCAGCUCCUCGGGCUCACGGAUCCUGCUCUUGCUGCACCGAGCGCUGCGCUGGUCCCAGCUCUGCCUCCACCGGGUGGCGACCGGGACGCUCGGAGGACCGGACGCCGGCGCGCAGUGCAGCGACGCGUACCGCACGGCCCUGGGCCCGCACCACCCCUGGCUGGUCCGCCAGGCCGCCCGCCUAGCGUUCCUCGCCUUCCCGGGUCGCGACCGCUGGCUCGAGCUGGCGUGCCCGGGCGCCGGGGAGGCGGAGGCGCGGGCCGCACUGGUCCGGGUGGCGGGCACCCUGGAGGAUGUCUACAACCGCACCCAGGGCUUGCUGGCCGAGCGCAGCCUCCUCCAGCUGGCCUGAGGCACCCCCCCGCGGCCGGGGCCCGCCGAGACCCGAGCGCCCCGCGUCCAGCCGGCCGG